CCAGCACAUACAUCAAGAUGAGUCCAACUUUGUUAGUGUUUGCACUAUCUGUGAGAUUUGUCACCGCCCAGGACAGUCUUUGCAUUCCGGUCGUCAAAAUGCAGGCCAGCGACAACAGUGUAUCAUCUGGUGGUAAAGAAUAUGUCACAAAAGAACAUUUCGAUGAUUUAGUGAGACAACUGUUUGUCAAUAUAUCCGGUCGUAUCGGCGAAUACAAGUACGAGAGUGAACUAGCUGGAAAGAACUGCGCCACGAAAGAAGAUAUCAAGGAGAUGUUGAGGCAGAUGUAUGUUAAUAUAUCAACUGAAAUGAAUCAAAAGAGAUGUGAAGACUCCACUGAAAGUCAUACAACUAAUACGAAACCUCGUGACUGUCAGGAUAUCCAAACUGAAGGUAAUUUGACAACCGGUACUUAUACAAUAUACCCAUGUAAAAACACUAAUGGAAUCUUGGUAAGGUGUGACAUGAACACAACAACUGGAGAAUGGACAGUUAUACAACGACGCACUUCGAACACAGACUUUUAUAAAACAUGGAAUGAAUAUGAAGAAGGAUUUGGUAACAUUAAGGACAAUUUCUGGCUUGGUAACCGUCAUAUUCAUGCAAUAACUAAUCAGGGUCAGUACAAACUGCGUGUUGAUCUUACAAGUUUGGAAGGUGAGACGGCCUACGCAGAGUAUCGUGAAUUUUCUGUUGGUGAUGCCGAUUCAGGCUACAAACUGUUUGUUGCCGGGUACAGUGGUACUGCUGGAGACAGUCUGACAGGAAGAGGAAAUGGAAUGAAGUUUUCUACACACGACAGGGACAAUGACGUCUAUGGCGGAAACUGCGCAGUGAAAUAUCACGGCGGGUGGUGGUACGAUAUAUGUCACACGUCCAAUCUCAACGGAGAGUAUGGAUAUACAGGAUAUGCUAAAGGUCCAGUCUGGCAGCCAUGGAAAGGAUACUAUGCUCCAAUGAAAACUACGGAGAUGAAAGUACGAAGGAUUUAAGAGAAAUCAUGAAAAGAGAACAUAUUUUUGACUAAACCUAAAUACAAUUACAGCUCUUUAUAGCUUCUUUCACUUGAAUGCAAUUUUAUUUAAUCUUUUUGACUGAAGUUCUGCAAUAGACAAUAUAACUUCAUGAACACUAUUUUCUGCAACUUUAGGUUUUGUCUCAUGAAGUACUGAGUUUAACAGCAUAUCUCCCAAAGGCCAAUAUUCUAAUUAUUUCAUUAUAAUAUUGUUUCUGACAGUUUUAGGAUUUCGGUAAUUAUUUAAGGCACUUUGUUAUUUUGUAUAUAUGUUCCAAAUAAUGCAGAAAGAAAAGCUUUUGCACACUAAUCUUAACCUGCUGUGUGAUACUGGCAUCAUUGGAAUAAUUCUUCCAUUCUAUAAAUUGUUGAGCUAAAAAUA